UUCUUGUAAUCGGAUCUAUCGCCAUCUCAAUCACUUGUUCAGAUUUGCUUCCGUAGCAGAGUGAUUUGGCGAUUUGAGGGAAACUGCGAACGAACACUUCUUAUUUUCUUCGGAUAAUCGAAGAUGUCUCGUUGCUUUCCUUUUCCGCCUCCAGGGUAUAUGAGGAAUGGGGCACGCAGCGAGGCCUUGAUCGAACCGAUUAAGCUCCAGAAGGAGAUUGAGAUGGCCAGGAAAGACAAAAGAGAGAAGAAAGACAGAAAGGAGAAGAAAGAGAAGAAAAGAGAGAAGAAGGAGAAAAGGAAAGAGGAGAAAAGGAAACGUAAAGAAGGAACAGGCCUUAAUACCGACAAUGACGGUAAAAAGUUCAAGCACAUCAACAAAAUAAAAGAAAUCAAAGCAGAUGGAAGCUUGCUAAAGGGUGAAGAAUACGAGAAUGAACAACUUGAGAGGAGUGGUAUUACAGAGGAACUUGACCAACCUGUCUCUUCUUUCGAGCCUUGCUGCUUGUCUGACAGUACUCAAAGCAGCAAGAGGAAAAGGGACACCUUGGAAUCUAGUCACGAUCAUGGAUCUGCCAUUAAAAUUCGACUUCCUUUGAGGAAACACAAAGAACCUGAAGAAUCCAAAUCCAAAUUGAAACAUCAAGUAGGGUCUUCUUCUGGAAGUGCUGGAAUUGCUAAUUCCCUUACUCAAGAUAAAGUUGGAAGUGGUCAUCAGUUACAACGUCUCACAAAUACCGAGAUCAAUCAGGUUACUGGAAACCCUAAUUCUAGACAUUGCAAGGUGUUGUUGCAGAAUUUGGUUCCUCCGAAUGCUGUCGUCACCAAUAAUAAACUUGAUGAUGAAAGUCAAGGGGUGUCAUCUUUGUACAAGUCUUUAUGCCAGAUUCCUACACUGUCGUAUGAUGCACUCGACUCACUAGAUCAAGAUUGGUUAUUUAGGUCAGAACCGACAGAGGCAAGGUCCGUCUCAAAGAAAGCGAAGUUUGAUUCCAAUAUCCUUCAGUGUUCAAAAUCAAUGUGGCCUCGUGCUCAGUACUUGCCUGAGGUCGAAGUAUAUGCAUUGCCAUACGCGGUUCCGUUUUGAUUCUUUUUGGAAAUUUUUUUAACAUAGGCAGGUUGAAAGUAGGGAUAUGUGUUCUGCUAAUUGAAAGAACCAGUGCAUUAUUGUUUUUUGGAAGGGAAACUCCAAAUGCAAUGUUGUCUGAGACUGCUGAAUUCUCGUUUGUAUUAACAUGAUUGAUGUAUUUUUUUCUUCCAUACCAGACGCCAGUCCAGUGUGUAUAUACAUAGUGAUGAAACAGCAUUAAAGUAGGUGUUUUACUAUUAUUAUUAUUAUAUGAGAAUAUAGCCAAACAUUUACAUCCUUUACUUCACUGUUGGGUUGUGGAGGAAGGAAGCUGUAAUUUUUGUUUGAGAAAUGUUAUCAACACGCGUUAAGCACUGUU